CGUUCGAUUUUUUGGUUCGAAUUUUUAGUUUUUAUUAACUCAAAUUUGUCAAACAUUUUUUUUAUUAAAUCAACUUUUAAGGCAUAGAAAUUCCAAUCUUUACUGCAAAUGUUUCUCACCAGAAUGGUCAGCGGUUUUAUUUGCUCCAAAAAUUCAAACAAAAACGCAAGCAUUUCUAAUCAACAGCAACAACAACACCCGUCCUCACAUUCACAUGCACAACAAUCAAAAUCGCCAAAGUUAAUUAAGAAAACGGAUAAAUGUAAGCGUUCUCUGUCGAAAACCGAUUCGAAGAAAUCCAUUUCGGAGUUGUUGAAGGCACAAGGCAAAUACUUCAUAGAAAGGCCCAGCAGUAGCAAUACUAGUAAUAAUAAUUACAAUAAUGGUAGUAACAACACCACAAAAGAAGCGCCCAGCACUUCCAAGUCCACUUUAAAGCCGCCAACCAAAGUGAAAUCCGGUAGUUGGAAGCGUUCGGAAAAACAAAUAUCUGGUUACAAUAGCAUUUCCGUUUCCGGCAAGAAAUCAAAAUCCCUACGUAAACGUUCUCCCUCCUGGCUGAAAUACUCUAACACGCCAGUGAAGAUAGCCGAUAAAGUAACCUACGUUAGCACAGCCGACUCCACGUCAGUUUGCCGUCCUGGCACGCUCUACUCAGAUGUACUUUUUGGCGCUGGCUCUUCAUGCUUGGUAAAAAUCAAAACUCUUACGCCUCGUCGCAAUGCAAAUACUGCACAGAAGAAGCUCACGAAGGCGCUGCUCAAGUGCACCGCUAAUGAGAAUGAAGACGCUUCGGGUAGCGAAGCUGAAGCGGAUCGCGAGCCUUUUCCCAGUCUGAAUGGUGCUGCGGCAACACCGACAGGCACGCCGCCGUCUACGGUUGCAACAACCGCCACACCAACUGAUGGCAGUCCAAGAAAAAUAACAUCGUCAUCGCCAGCAGGUUUACCAAUACCGGGAUUUGAAGCUAUCGCACCUAUAACGACGUCUGCAGCAAAUAUCAAUAUCCCAUCAUUUAACGAAUUAACGCCGCCAAUAAUUGCGCCACUUAAGAGUGAUGACGAUGCCGAUGUUGUUAUACUUUCCGAGGCGAAUAGUAUUUGUGGUAACACAGAGAAUGGCUUCGACGAUGUUUCGUAUGGCGACUACUUGGAGCAGCAUUUUAAACAAAUAAAUGGAACCGCACCUGUAGUGUUGGGACAGAAAUCGUUAGCCACUAGUUUGGAUGGAGCGGAAAAUGGCAGAAAUAAUGACCCUGGCACAAUGUUAAGGCCGGAAAUUCUCCCAAGUGGUUUUCCUAGUAUUGCCACAAAACCGUUCACCAUAGACAUACCACAAUGGAACUUUCUCGAUGCAGAUAUUAACACGGAUGCGUAUCCUAAAUUUCUCUGUCAAUUUGAAGAUGAACACUAUCUAAAGGCGGAAAAGAUGGCACUAUUGGGUCUGAAGCUAGCACUAGGCAAUGGUAACUUCAAUCUACAGCAAGGCAAGUCCAAAUUUUGAGUCAACAAGGGGAGUAAUAAGACCCAUUUUCGAAGGAUUUUAAUAUCCGCCGCAAUUUAGUUGAUCCUUUUUGUUUUACAAUACAAAAAUAAAUGCGAAGCUAAGUUUGCAUACUGAAUGUGGGGGCGUGUACCUAUUGGCGGAAA